GGGUAGCCAUGGCGGCCGCGAUGCAACUCAACACCCUCAUGUCCAACAUGUUCGCCACGGGUUUGCUGGACGAUCAGUUCCAGCAGCUGCAGAUGCUCCAGGACCCGAGCGCACCGGACUUCGUUGCCGAGGUCGUCACGCUCUUCUGCGAGGACGGCGAGCGGAUCAUCGGCGAGCUCGCCAAACUGCUGGAUAAGCCAGCUGUGGACUUCGACAAGGUGGAUGCUUUUGUGCAUCAGCUCAAGGGCAGCAGUGCAAGUGUUGGUGCUCAGAGAGUGAAGAAUACCUGCAUUCAGUUCCGUGAGUUUUGUCAGGGGAAGAGCAGAGAUGGGUGCCUGAAGACACUGGAUGCUGUGAGGAAUGAUUUCUAUGAUCUGCGCAGCAAGUUUCAGACCAUGCUUCAGCUGGAGCAGCAGGUCCAGGCCUCCUUCUAUCCUAAGCAGUAAGCUCGAACAACAGAGUGGGAAUCGCAUGUUCUGGCGGCACUGCUGCCUUUGAAGUCAUAGAACAUGCUCAACUAGCUUUUAUCUUGGAGUCGUUUGCUUCUGUGUGGUCGUCCGUAGCUUCUUAGCAGCAAGCUGGUCAUUUAGUGUCAUCGAUGUCUCUGUUACUGUUGGUAGUGUCGUUCUGAAUUCUCAAUGGUCAAAUAACAAUCAUCUGCCGGCGCUUUGCGGAUUGUCAGUGGUUAAUCUGGCUGCUCAGUUCCAGCCAGUUUCUAGGUCGUAGGUCUGCAGUGUAAUCUUGACAUAGUCGUGCCUUGUUGGUCGGUGGAUUGGCUGUGGUUGUAUGUUGUGGAGAACAUUGUGAUGUUAAUCUAAUGUAAAGUUACUGUUUGUUGUUGGAAAAAAUGUGUGUACCAUGAUACAGCAUACAACAUACAAUUACUCAGUUCAAGUUAUUUUCUAUUUGAUCCCAGGUGGGAUUUAACAUUA